AUGCGUAGAUGGUCUACAGAUACGGCUUGUGUCAUUCACGCUUCACUUUUUCUAGUAACGAUUGCGUUAGCUCCAUUGUAUACAGUAGCUGAAUAUUCACAAGUAUUUCUGAGGGAACAGCAGGAUGCUACUCUUAACCUACCAACGAAAUGCGGCAUGUACGGACAGAAGCUUUUUUGCCUUUCUAUUAAUUUAUGCAACAAGUACUGCUCACAGCAAUGCUCGAAAAUCUCAUCUUUCGAAUUGCGCAACUUGCAAAUUUUAUCUCCUAAGGAAAGACGCAUUCAGAAACUUCGUCAUGAUAUACCUCUGGAUACUAGCCUUCGGAUUAACUAUUACGAUAUUGAGAUGGAAGGCAUGAAGCCUGCGUUCUGCGGUGACUACUCUACCCUUGAGUUGCCUAUUUAUUCUGUGAAAGAAUCGAAAUCGAACGGCAUUCAAUUCCUUCGCAAACUUUAUUUCCAAAACUAUCGAGAUGUGUACACGCACAGCAUGUGCAACUAUAAAUGCGUUUUUGGUUGUCAUCGAGUGGGAUACGAUGAAGAGAUAGUGAGCGAAUUGUUGAUUCGCAGUGUACCUAACCUGCACGUGUACCAGUGCGACAGGUACCUGGAUUGUCGUUAUUGUUUAGUUAAUUGGCUUUUAUGA